AUGACGUCACGUGACGCACUGACGCCGCGCAGGAAGGGGCGGAGCUUCAGUGCCGCUGAGCGACAUGACGGCAGAACGAAGCCGAUCCCCAGAAAAGGCCAUCCAGAGACGUUUGAAGCGGCCGACAACAAAUGUCUCCUCCGAGCGUCAGAUGGCAAGAACAAAAUCAGCACAGUGGUCAACACCAAAGAAGUAAUUAAGUUUCAGAUGGCGUAUUCAAACUUGUUGCGAGCGCACAUGGACGGCUUGAAAAAGAAAGACAAAAAGAGUAAAAGCAAGAAAACUAAAGCCACGCAGUGAUGGACGGUAACAGAGAGGUCUAUGCCACCUUCCCAUCAGCCCCUGCGUCUGAAAACCUGCCAACCUUCCUCUUCUGCUGAUCCACGACCAAACAAACCAAGCACGCAGAGCUCCGUUUACUACAAGAUACUAGGCUUAAUGAGCGUUUUGCGUUCUAUAGGUGAAGAUUGUGUUGGUCCGGAAUCCAUCACUUUAUAUUUCAAGCCGUAUUUUGAUUUUUUUAUAUGGUGAGUGAACAUUACAGUCAGUAACUUUCUCCUCCUGUCGUUAUAGUUCAGUUCUCUGCUGUUCAGUGCUUUUUUUAUUGAUUUUAAGUUUGAAAGAUGCCCUUUGUUGAUUGGCUUGUUGGACGUUUUUGAGGUCUAACAGUGGAGUUUUUAUAUUUGACCUUAACAAAACCACCUUUGUAGAUUUGCAAAUAAAAGAUAACGUUUAUUCACUGAUUUCAUCAUGAGAAAAUCCCAAAGACGUUUGGACUGGGAAUCACGAUCUUGUGCAGGUAACAUCUUCAGAAGAGACAUGAAGCUUGUGUACUGUAAAAAAUGAAGCGUUGAAAUAAAUACAGUAUGUACA